UAGGAAAACUCUCAGGAAAAAAAGAAGAAAAAAACUGGGGAGAUAUUCUGAUCAGAAAAAUUGGGGUUUGAACUUUGAAGCAUUAAGGAACUACGAAGGCAUCAAUUUCUCUUUCUUCUUGGGAAGAAUUUUCUUCUGCGCACCGAAAUUGCAUCUUCUACAGUGGUCCAUCUGUUCUUCUUCUUUCUGCUUCUGGGUUGGUUUGUCUUUGUAUCCUUGAUGGAAUGGAAGGAGAAAGUGUUUCAAGUUCAAGUAAGUCACAAAAUGAUGUCAUAGAGAAAAUGUCUCUCAAUGAGGGCAUGGAGGAUGGGAAUGGGGAAGCGCCAGAGCACGGUCUCCAAAAGUUGGUACAAUUUAAUGAGGAAGUUGAAGAACCUAAAGUUGGGAUGACUUUCCCUUCUGAGCAGGAGAUUUUCAAUUAUUACACUAAUUUUGCUCAGCAUAAGGGUUUUGAAGUGUAUAGAAGAACUUCGAAAAUGGAAGAAGAUGGGAAGAAAUAUUUUACACUUGCUUGCGUUUGUUCUAGGAGGUCAGAAAACAAGCGAAGCCAUCUUCUGAAUCCAUAUCUUGUUACAAAAACCCAGUGUAAGGCAAGAAUUAAUGCGUGUUUAUGUCUGGAUGGAAAGAUCAGAGUUUUAAGUGUUGCGCUUGAUCAUAAUCAUGAGCUGUGUCCAGGCAAAGCACGGCUUAUUAAAUAUACUAAAAAAUCUAAGCCUCAAAGAAAAAGGAAACAUGAUCUUAGCAAUCUGGCUGGGAUCAAUGGGGAUGGAAGUAUUCAAUCUCCAGGUGUGGAAGCUGGAGAACAUGGAAGCCUAGGAUUUUUUGAUAAAAAUCGUAGGAUCUUCAUUCAGAAAGCUAGUAGCCUAAGAUUUGAGAGUGGAGAUGCUGAAGCAAUUCAAAGCUAUUUUGUUCGAAUGCAAAAGAUAAAUAGUAGCUUCUAUUAUGUGAUGGACUUGGAUGAUGACUGCCGACUAAGAAAUGUUUUUUGGGCAGAUGCAAGAAGUAAGGCUGCAAAUGAGUAUUUUGGAGAUGUUGUAACUUUUGACACCACAUAUUUAACAAACAAGUACAACAUUCCUCUUGCUCUUUUUCUAGGAGUGAAUCACCAUGGACAAUCAGUAUUACUUGGUAUUGCUUUGUUGUCAAAUGAAGAUGCUGAAACUUUUACAUGGUUAUUUCAGACAUGGCUGGCAUGCAUGUCUACUGGACAUGCGCCAAUUGCCAUCAUCACAAGGGAAGAUAGAGCAAUAAAAACUGCAAUUGAGAUUGUAUUCCCAAAAGCUCGUCAGCGGUGGUGUUUGUCGCACAUAAUGAAAAGGGUAUCUGAAAAGUUGAGAGGAUAUCCUCGGUAUGAGUCAAUCAAAACAGAUUUUGAUGGUGCUGUAUAUGAUUCUUUUAGUAAAGAUGAUUUCAAUGAGAGUUGGAAAAAAUUAAUUUAUAGUCAUAACCUUCAUGACAAUGAAUGGUUGAAUAGCCUGUAUAAUGAGCGCCACCGAUGGGUUCCUGUGUAUGUCAAAGACACAUUUUGGGCUGGAAUGUCUACAAUAGAUAGAAAUGAAAGUGUGCAUGCAUUUUUUGAUGGAUAUGUUUGCUCAAAAACAAGUUUAAAGCAGUUUUUUAAGCAGUUUGACAAUGCUAUGAAAGAUAAAGUUGAAAAAGAGUGCUUAGCAGAUUUUAAUUCCUUUAAUAAUUUAAUUCCUUGUAGAAGCCAUUUUGGUAUUGAGUACCAAUUUCAAAAAGUUUAUACCAAUGGGAAAUUCAAAGAGUUUCAAGAAGAGGUAGCCUGUAUCAUGUAUUGCAAUGCUGCCUUUGAGAAGAAAGAAGGCUUGGUUUCAGCAUAUUCUGUUGUGGAGAGUAAAAAGAUUCAAGAAGCAAUCAAAUAUGUAACUUUCAAUGUACAAUUUAAUGAAGAAGAUUUUGAAGUGCAAUGUGAAUGUCAUUUGUUUGAGUUUAAAGGUAUUUUAUGCAGACAUAUCCUCUCUUUGCUCAAGCUCAUAAGGAAAACAGAGUCAGUGCCAUCUAAGUAUGUUUUCUCGCAUUGGAGGAAAGAUUUGAAGCGGAAACACACGUUAGUCAGAAGUAGUUAUGGUGAUUUAAUUGCUAAUCCUGAAGCAGAACGACUUGAUAAGAUGUGCAAUGCUUUUCAGGAAGUUGCUUGUAUGGGGGUAAAUACUGAUGUUGAUUUCAAGAAAGUGAUGAAAUGGAUUGAUGACUUAAAAGUUGAAUUAAGUUGUAAAAAGACUUCUACUGGAAUAACUGAAACACUCCCUAUUGCAUCAAACAUGUCAUGAUUUCUGAUGAUAUGACACUGCUGCAAUUUUUAAAGAAAGAAGAGCUUGAUCCUACAGUUGGUACUCGUGAUCAAAGAAAGACGAAGAGGACCAUUCUUCUGCUGGUGCUAGGGGGAAAGAACCAACCAACGUCAGUGGAGAAAUAUUUUGCUUUUACAAUUUUUUUCUCAUUCAGGUGCUAUUUAUUCAAUGAUAUGUUUUGAAUAUGUUUGAUGUUGGAUGUGUAUAACUGAAUGUUAAAUGCUAGUGCCAAUUGCCAAAUGUUAAGGACAAAAUCUUAUGACCUAUUUCACUUAUUCUAGUUCCAUAUAUAUUGCUGCAUUAUUUCAUAAAAGUAGCAGAGACAAUCAUGCAGUCAAUCUGUAAUUGGAGAUGCGUGUCUAAGUUUGUCCUGUUUGGCUCCAAGCCUCAACUUUGACAAAUUUAUGAAAGAUUUUUUUAUUGGGUUUAUAAUUCUCUACAAAAUGAAUUCUUGAAUUUUCUACCAGUUAUGUGUGGUAUGCAUGUCUCUUGCUGGCCAUUUUUUGUAACCAAGAAGUGAUACGCCUGUAACAGAUAUCCUGCAGGUAUGGCUAAAUAUGAGGUGGAGCAGGAAAGAUGUCAAUAAACUAUUUUUGAAGCUAGCAUUGGCCUCUCAACAAUUUGGUAACUGAGGAUCAGAGAAAUAUGAGUAUGAUGCUUGUGGAUGAAAUGGAGUAGAUUGAAUACAGGUUUUUGGUUUGGAGGCACUCUGAAAAUAUCACCAACUCUGCAUGAAGAUUAUGAAGCUGGCAAGUGUUGCAACUAUCAGAACUGUAGAGGAACAGCUUGCAGUUUUCAAUGGCGAGAGUAAUCAUUGCGGUACAUCAAUCCUUGUGCUAGUCUAAAUUGAGGCUGCUGUAGGAUGGCUGGCUUUCAGUCAAGGGGAAAUUCUGGCAGCAGAAACUCUUUUUCAACAAGUAAAUUGUGCCUUCACACCUGAAGUGGAAGCAUUUCGGGAAGCUACUAAAUGGUCAAAACAAGAGUUCUAUAGUGUGGUUUGCACUGGGUAUAAUCUAGUCUUGACCUCUUUGCCCCAAUGAGACUUGCUCUGAUAGUGAUAGGAUAGGACAAUUAGGUCUCUUCCUAGAUGCAUCUUUGUAGAAGAAUAUUGGUAUCUUUUUAUCAGAGUUCAGUUUGCUGGAGAUUGAUACUGUACAUUCGUUCACUUUGUGUAAUAUUUUGUAGUCAUUAGCAGAUUCUAAUAUUUCACCUAACCCAUCAUAUGAAUAUAUUUAAUUUGUUAUAUCUAACA